UUAGGCAAACCCCAUGGCAGUUGUCAUCACAACAGAAAAAGAAGUCGUUUUCGUGCAUGCUGAACCGCAUUCCGGGUUCCAUCGAGCCUGAACCAUAUUUUGGAUGAAUGACGCCAUGGACCGAGACGUUGCUACGAUGGCAAGCAGCAUAGAACUCUCUGUCAAGGACUACAUCAGUACCCUCACCGGUAUUCUCAACCUCCUGGAAGUGUUACUUGGCCUUCUACUCUUGCUCGUCGUGCACUACACUCUACGGGAACUGACUACGAGAGUACGUGUCUUGUUUACGAUCAACUACGCCUAUACCUUCAACGGACUACAUUUCAUCAUCGCAGGUUGCCUCUCCCUAGAGUCCUUUUCUCACCUACAGGAGCUCUUUUACUACGUCCUUUUCUUGACCUGUGCUGGUAUGGCGUACACUAUAGGCUCUGUAUGCGUGAUAAAAGAGAGCAAGUCUACUCCCGUGUUUGCGAUUCUUAGCGUUACAAUAGGAGGCAUAUACUACAUCCACGCAGUCUACGCUGUCAUCCGUUUGUUGUGAAGGUUGUGAAAUGAAGCCGAUAAUACGUACGAAGUGACGUGGAUACGUAGAAGCCUAGGAGAACUGUUGUCAUCCCUUCUGCAUCAGGCGCUUUCCUCUGUUAUGCAUAUUGGCGAUAUGCAAUAUUGUAGCUUUCUGAACAUCGUUCCACAAAACCGGAAGGACGAGAAAAUGUGUAUUUGAUAGUUUGCGUUUCAGAUUAUAUGUAUGCUGGGUUUUUCGUAUAGGCUUACGUAUUCUGUGUAUCAUUUUUAUCGAUGCCAGAUGUGUCGAAUCGACCAAUCAAUCUCAAGUCGACCCUGAUUUCGCUGCAAGAUUACUAUAGCCAUCACAAAAUAGAAACGACCUUAUAUCCACGUAUUAUGAAUAAAGCAUUGUAAGAUAAGCAAGCGGGUGAACACGUGAACAAGACAUCAUUUACGGGAGUUUGAAGAAGCAGUAAUGUUACCUGUCUUUCGCUAUAAGCGCAACUUCACCAUAUAAUAUGUUCCUAAGCAACCUGUGACACAUGUCAAGUGAUGUGUGAUCCAACUCUCUUCAAAUGAGGAGCAGUAAAAUGUGUAUUGCCUGAAAUGGA